AUGUACUCUUGUCAUUGUUAUGCAAUUGAACUGCAGCUCACAACACUAUCUACUAGUCUGCUUUUAUCAUGUAAAUUGUCUUCUGUAUGGCUACAUGUUAAUUCAUGCGAAUGUUAAACCUAUUUAUAAGAACAUGUAAAGAGUCAACGAUGGUGCAAGCUGUAUUAGAGUCUGUUUCUUUAAUAUUAUUUUCAUUUGAAAAUUUCGUUUCAUACGAGGGGUAAGCUGCUAUAUGUUCCAUGUUCACUGAUAAAAUUUGUUUUGGUAUCCACUUCAAUAAGGUUUACUGUAUGGUGUUUAUUGAUAUAAGGCCUUUUUCAAGUUGUUUGCUCUACAGCCUUUUUAUAGAUUACCACGUAAAAUGGUUUACAGGGCAAAUUGGCAUCCUUCCGCAUUAAAGAGCUUAAGGAUGUUCUGUCACAGCUUGGGGUUGCAAAACAAGGAAAGAAGCAGGUUUGUAUCUGGGGUUCCCUUUUUCGGGCAUUUCACCUUAUCCUUGUACUGGUUUGAAUAAUUCCUUUUCUUAGGGAUGUGUUGGCUUAGAUUGUAGCAGUUACUGGCAGGUCCUUAUUGGGUACCAUCUCUCAGGGUAAACGGUGGACGGCGCGCUAUUUUCGGUUUUGAUUUAAUAGGCACUAGUUGUGCACCUUCCAACUCCAUCAACAGGAUUUGGAUACAUUCUCCUGUUAUUCUUUCUUUACGCACCAGAUCCUGUGAACUGUAGCCUUUGGGGUCUCCAGAAAGGAAAUAUUGAUAAGAUAGGAACAAUGUGCCUGUUCCCUAGUACCUUUUGACUUCUGCUAAUGUAACUGAUCCCAUCCCGAGCUUCAAAAAUAAGUUAAAGAACUUAAAGAGGAGAGAUUUAAUCAAAAUCUAAAAAGAAUAUGAAAUCCAACGAUGAUAAAAAUAUCCCUCAGAUUUUCAUUAGGCCAUUUAUAAAAGGGUUGUUAAAUCUUUCACAACUGUAAGCUUGGAAUAGUUAGGCAGUUAAAUUUCAAUGCCAUGACAGCCGAAUCGCUUAGGGUUUCAAAAACUGGUGAAGCCAUUUUAUUUGACCAGUCUAUGGCAAACAUACCAUUUGUAGAUUGCACAUGGUUGAAGAUUUUUCUUUGCUUUCUUUUGCCAGGAAUUAAUCGUUAUUUUCACAAUUAGUUUCAUACAUCCAUCACUAUUCAUUUCUCUCCAAUUGUCAAGUUCUGAUGGAAAGUAGGGAAACAGGUGAGAGAAUGGAAAUAAAGGAGGAAAUAAUGAACUUUCACGAUGUAUUCAGUGGUUUCUUAUAUUUCCCGUAAAAUGGAUAGCACUUUGUCAGAUGUUUUGGUGAUGAUAUGUGGACUAUGUCUUGAAACAUUGCUUGGUUCUGUGUUGAAAUUAAUGCUUAUAGUUUAGUCUUUUGCUUGUGCAGGACCUCAUCGAGAGAAUUUUACGACUUCUGUCUGAUGAACAAGGUAUUGAUUUGAUGGUAACUUGAUGGAAAACAUCUGAACUGGCGAGAGUUGUACAGGCCUCAAAAUUGGCAUUUUAUUUUGCAAAAAAUAUUUUUGAUAACUCUUGAGUUGGUUUUAUGGCGUAUAACUUACCCCUGAUUGGUUUAUGUUAUGAAUGGGUCUUUCUAAUUGCAAGAUUACUUGAAUCGUACACUAUAGCAAUGCUUUUGAACAAUUGUACUCUUCAAUUAGAAUUUUUUUCAAUUCUUGUUGUUAUUAUGAUAUGCUUAGUUUAUUUUCAUUUUGAUUGGAAAAAGCUUCAUAGAGCGACCUUACUGGCCACAGAGGAGAAUCUUAUAGGAGAAUCUUAUAGUCAUGCAGGAGCUGAGUCGCAUAGCUUCUUAUUUCUAUGUAUAAACUUUUGGUUGAAAUCCUGCUUUUUUUGCGAAGGAAGAAGGUCAGGAAGAAAAGUCUGGAUAUAAAUUGUAAACCAAAAAGUCUAUGAGGCGUUAAUUGUAUCUAAAUUUGGUGUGGGCAUAUAGUGAUUUUUUGAUUGUCUAUAUUGUUCUUUUUAAUUGAUGGCGUUCUGAAAAAUGGUGAUUUUGGACGUUUCGUACUCCUUACCACGUGAAAGAGUUUAAUACUUCUGAUUCCUGGGGAAUGGUCAUCUGUGAUCGAAAGCUAAAACUUAGUUGACUUCAUCAUUCGUCGAACAGUGUUCAGUGCAAUAUCUUUAAAUGUCAGACCUUUCAUGACGCUCGUGCAUAUCCAGCAUGGUCGAAACUGUGUUUCAUGAGCUGCUGCUAAUAUAUCCAGACACGAAAACCUUUCAUUUUUAUGCUUCGUUAUGCUCUUAUUUUUUUGGAUUUAUGCCAUUUUUUCAUCGAAUUUUCAGAUUGCAUAUUUUGCUGACAUCAUCCCACUUUUUCUCUUUUUUUGUGGCAUUAAUCAUGUUCUGCCUCACUAAAAUAUUUUCUCUAAAUAACAAUAAUCAUAUUUCUGCUUGGAAUAUCUACCCAGAAUAAGUAGAAAAUUUAUGCAGUAUUUGCUAUUUUUAAAUAAACACAUUUAUUUAUUGAUUUAUUUGUUUGAGGGGGUACUAGCACGUUGCCAGGUUUUUCUUUUUGCGUCACGCAUCUUAGUCUGAAUUUUCCAAAAUGUGUGAUCCCAAUGGCUUAUUUAGCUUUUUUUGAUCUCAGUAUUAAUCUGUUUCAGGCACAUAUCUUUAUUCUCUGCAAUGGUUAUGAAUGCAUAGUGCGCAUUUAUAUUAGCUCCUUGUGGUGGAGUUGAUAUCAUCGGCCAUAUAAAUGUAUUGUUUUCCUUAUGCUCAUCUCAUGUGCAAUCAUUCUUUUUUUGACAUGUAGUUUCAAAAUCUCAAAACUGGGGAAAGAGGAAUUCUAUUGGGAAGGAUGCAGUGGCAAAAAUAAUUGACGAGAUAUAUAGGUAAACAGAACAUCCAUCCUAAGCUUCUUAAAAACUGACUACAUAUGCAUGUAACAGAUAUAAUAUAAAUGGCGUAUGGAUGCGAUAUUUGACCGGUACAUUCGUUUUUUCACCAUCUACUCAUCUGUAUGAUGUAUUCUUGUGUAGAAAACUGCCUUUUUUCCUUUCAUUUGUAGCUUUCUCUUGUUUAUUUAUGGUACUGAAGCUUGUUUUUCCUUUUGGAUAUUAUCGAUCUUUCUUGUUCAUUCUAGCAGAAAAAUGCAAGUUCCAGGAUCUACAGAUUCGGCAUCAAGAAGCCAAAGUGGCUCUGAUUUAAAUUAUGUGAAACCAAAGGAAGAACUUGAUGAUUCCAAGUUGGAUAUAAAGAUCCGAUGUCUUUGCGGUAGUUCACUGGCUUCAGAAUCAAUGAUUAAGGUCUAUGUUUGAAUUGUCUUAUUUUAGAACAAUAUCAUGUGCAUUUAUUCUUUAGUGAAAUAACUAAUGCUGGAAAGAUUCAGAUUUUGUUCCUUUGCUUUUGUUUUCUGUUAUUGUGAAUGCCUCAUUCUUGUUGUUUAAUGCUAAAGUUCUUAAACAGCUACUUUAAUUUUCAUAAUUGGAGGGGGGGAUAAUGAAAUGGCAGUCGUAUAUUCAAUUCAUUUCUGUUUGCUUAGUAACCCUGGUUUGGGUGGAUUUUGUGCGAGUUAAUACAUUAAUGUCUUGAAUACAGCUGAUUGAUAUGUGCUCCUACUAAGGAAUUAAGAGACGAAGGAGGUAAGUUUAAUAUGAGAUGUAGCUCUCAGUUCGAUUGAGUUAAUUGAAACAACAUUAUCACGGAGUUAAGGGAUUGGCCUUUUGUCUUGUUCAAUUUCUUCCCUGACUCUGAGGGGAGGCUUCCGUUCAGUCAAGAGCAAACGUCUCCUUCACCUGGACAAGAUUCCAUUAGGCCUUGGCAGGUCUCUGUACAGCUACAAGCCGAGCUGACAGAGCAAGACCAGCAGCAAAAGGGAGAUUUGGACAACCGCGUAGAGUCUUGUCUUCAAGCCGAACUGCCUGAGCUGCUUUAUCCAGAGUUGCAACAGCUGCACUCGCUACCAUCACUACUAGAGUUACUAGACUUGAGCUAGAGAUGCUAGGAGAGAAAAGCAGGCAACUGGACAACUUGACUUUGAUUUUAAGCCAGAUGAAAAACGUAGUGUGGUCCCUAGCGCGCCACAACUAUGCUAGUACUUUACUUUACUAAGCUCCUGCUUUAAAAGAAGGCGCUAGCGCUAGGUGCUUCAAAACGCUAGCCUCACGUUGCUCUGGCUUUCUUCGCUUUAACAAGUCGUUCCUGCUCUAUCUAAGUAAGUCGAACGAAGCCGUUAAAGGAGCGUUUGAAAAGAGAACCAAGGAGGAAGAAGUCGGAGAAAGACCAUUUGAAACUUAUUAUUUCUAGUUAUGGCGUACUUUCUUCCCUUGAAAAUUACCAUUCCCUGAAAAUAGGAUAUGCCUGGAAGCUGGGUGCUUUCACUUGAACUGGAACUGCCAGCAUAGUUCCAUUUAAGAAAAAAUAGCUUAGAAGUAUUCAUUAGGCAACUCUGAGAAACCAGAGGAGACAGCCAAAGUAGAUAAGAAUAGUUUAGAGAAGUUUUCUUUUAUCGAUUCUUGACAAUAUAAUUUAUUGUCUAAAUUUAUAGUUUCAUGUCCUUAUACUGAUAGUUAUGCGUUCGAUUUGUUUUUAAUAAUAUUUUCAUGACGUUUACUAAUGGUGUAAUCACACUCUUUUUAGUUCCUCAUAUAAUGAAAUUACUUUUGUAAUUAUCUCACUUUUAGGCGACUAAUAUCCUUGUAAACCAUUAUUGUUCGGUCUUCCCUCUUUUGUUUCUUCUCGCUCUAUUGCGAUGGCAACAAUGACGAACCUCUGAUGCUAGAUGCUAGUUCAACUGACUGGUUGAAUUGAUGCUAGAACAGGGUGUUGGCAGUGUAGUUCUUUUAGUACUCUCUAUAAUACUAUAUUAUGUCUUAGACAAACAGGCUGAAAAUAGGAGAAGAAUGUUUAAAAGAGCGGGUUUGCCACAGACAACCCAUUUACUAGACUAUGUUUUGGGAUAUGGUUAGAUCAGCCUGAUUUAAGGGGCUGAAUUAGUUGAAUCUGGUUGACUAUGCCAUAAUCAGUCCGCUUCUUGAAUCGGUCAAUAGGGUCUACAUGGAUAAAUCUCUGUUUGGACAGGUUUAAGAGGGUCUGAAUGAGCUGGUUUGGCUGAUCCAAUUCCUAUCCUGGUUUGUGUUGGAUGGGGCUUGCCUGGUCUGGCUGUCUACUCCGGUUUUGGUACCAAUGGCUUGAAAGUCAGGUAAAUUGCAGCUCAUCAAGACAUGUAAAUGAGUGGCUUCCGGGGUAUGAUGCUAUUUAUGAUAAUUUGGAAGUUGGGGCUAUUCUGUUGAACUUCCAGGAAUCCCCAGAAACCUCCCCAAAGUUUAUGAACCACAAGUGCUAAGGAGAAAAACGAAAUUUUAAGUUCCUAAUGAAUUAAUUGAUGGCCACAAACCAACGAAAAAGGUUUAAUCCUGCAGAAUCAAAGAUUGCACUCCGGAUUUAGUGUCAGUCAAUUGGGAUUUGGCCCUGGUUGAAUUUCUUGACUUGAGUUCAUGGAUAAGAAAAGGGGAACAAUGUAGUGUCCGUUCCAUUUACUGAAUUAGAGUUCUGCUUCUGGCUUGAACAUGUUGACACAAUUGUGGAACCUCUUUCUGACAAAAAGUUUAAUUUUUCAAUGCAAUGUAGGCUAAUAUCUCCUAUUUUCUUGGCUGGACACUCGAGUAGGAAAUAAAUCAUCUUCAAUUAUUGUGACCAAUGCCAUGAUUAGUUGACUUUUUUGACGAGGUCGAUGGGUGAAGGGUUUUAACUCUUUUUUAUAAAUUUUGUCCCUGUCAAGUACUCAGUUUUUAUCUUUAAAAUGAAAACAUACAACUUUUAGUUUCUGCACUCCAGUUGAAUUCUUUUUUUGGGUUUCAUGUGUUACUCUAUACAUUUGGCUCGAUGUUUGUCUGUUGAACUUAGCUUGUUGACAAUGCAAUUUAAAUGGAACCACCAAAACAUCAGUUGAUCACUUUUCUAGUGUUUCUUUCUUUUCAUAUUUCUUAAAGAUUUGAUCUUUUUAUCUGACGAGCAUCUGUUGAUGUGAGAAAGAGUCAAGUUCAUGUUCUGUGUUUGUGCCAUUGUAUUUGUUUGCUGCUAGAUUUCUGAUUAUUAUUCACGUGGGUGCAGUGCGAGGAUCCACGUUGCCAUGUGUGGCAGCAUAUUAGUUGUGUCAUUAUACCAGAGAAAGGACUGGACGGUGUUCAGCCAUACAUACCCUCACGAUUUUAUUGUGAAGUAUGCCGCCUCAAUAAAGCUGACCCGUAAGUAUCAUGCGCUUUCUGUUGAGAAUGAUGGCCUUUUAAUCCCAUAUGUUAUCUGGAAUGUUGACGCAGUUUACUCCUUAUCUGUUGAGGAUGUCCAAAUUAGUGUUCCAGAUGGAAAAAGAUUAGAAAUUUCAUGUGAUAUGCCUUCUAUCUUAUUUCGAUUGUCGUUACUCUUGAAAGGAAACUAAUGAAUUUAAUUUAAGGUUCCCUUAUUUUCUAUGAUAAUCAUCUAUUCUUUUUCUGUAAUCGUUUAUUUGAAGUGUGUUUGAUCUCUCAGACUGUUUAUUUUUCGAUCUGCUUCUAUGCUAGCAUCUUACCAAAUAAGAAAUUGCUUCUUAGCUAUUUCCUUUUCUCCUCUCUUGUUUAUCCGGUGGAAGCUUCAGUCCUUUGAUCUUUUGUACUCUUGAUUGGGUAACAGUGGCCGAUUUCUCUGCAUUAAAAAAAAGGUUCUAGAAAGCUUUUUUACUUUCUGAAUGCAUUUAUAUGCGCCAUUUAGAAUAUUUCCGUAUAGCUGGAGUACGGAUAUCUCUUGCACGUGUCAUAUGUCGUUUAGAAAAAAAUCAUUGGUACGAUGUUGUCCUCUGUUGAAAAUGAAGUUUACCCCCCCUUUAGGCGUUUAUUUCUUAAAAACUUAGCAUAAUGAUCAAGUCCGUAAAAGUGAUUUUUUUGUAGAUGGGCUUGAUACAAGACAAGAUGACAGAGUAGGAUCAUAAUGGAGUGAUGUAUCCCGUUGACCAUUUCUCCAUUGUUUUGUUCUGGAAAAUAGAGACAUAAAUGUUGCAAUUGAUAAUUUUGCAUAAAUUAUAAGAAAUAUUGAUUUGUCCAAGACAUCUAUUAUUUACGACCACUUAUUGAGUUUAUUCAUUCUUGAUUAAUCUAGACAAUUGAGAAGCAUGAAUAGAGUGGAGAGCCAGACUAACGCUUGUGUUUGGAUGGAACACAACUUUUACCUUUUUUUUUUGUUUUUUACAAUGAAUUCAUUGUCUCCAUGCGUCACUCUAGACAUUUUUUUCCGGUAACAGAGGGCAGUUUGAAACUUCAACUUACAUCCCAAUUAGAAGCAUCAGUAAUUCAAUUGUUUCUAUGAAUCUUAUUCAAUGUACGACAAAAUUUUCUAGAUAAUGUGAUUGAUAUUUUAUUUAUUGAAAUGUUCCAUGAUACCCUAUGUGAUAUCUAUCAUGUUCUUUAGUUGUUGUUUAUCUGUUAUUCAACAUUAUUAACAAUUAUUUAAAUAAAGGAGAAUCGUACUUUAGGUUACUGUAUCCUGUGUUUUAUGUUAAAAAAUCAAUCUAAUUUGAUGAUCGUUUGCAAAACUAAACUAAUUUUUUCUACUAAUUCAUUUUCAAAUUCCUUAAUGUAGGUGCAGAUUUUUCCGUGAAAUAAAAUUUGGUAUAUAUGUACUAAAAUAAUCUUCAGGAAUAUAAUGUUGUAAAGAGGAGGAAAAAGGCAGAGGCCAAUAGAUCUAUCUUGCUAUCUAUUUUUGACCCUGAAAUGUAAAAUUCUUGCUUCACGAAGUUAACUGAUUCCCUUGAAACUCAGUUCUUCGCGGUGCAAGUGGUAGAAUGUGAACUGUUCUAAUAUUAUUAUAUUAUAUUAAUUGUGCACAGGUUUUUUAGCCUUCCUGGGUUAAUCUUCUUAGAACCUCUGGUCAUUCUGUUGUAAAAUUAAUGUAAGAUAUGACUACAUUCUGUUUAUUGUUCUAGUGUUUAAUGCCGGAAGUUUCUGUUCCAUCUAAAAGUUUGAUUGUUGGUGUUUCGUUUUAUGUUUUUGUCAUCGUUUGCUUCCACUUUUAAUGGUGACACAUUUUUAAUAUCGCAGGUUUUGGGUGACUGUGGCACAUCCGUUGCUCCCUGUGAAGUUAUCCUCUGCAGGCCCCGGACCCGAUGGGUAUGUCCUGCAUCCAUUACAAUAUUAGAACUCUCUUAAUGGAUUAUCUGUCUCCAUAAUUUUACUUGGGAUAGUUCACGUACAAAUUCUCAACUUUUAUUUAAAAGAAAGCGAAUUUUCCUUGUUGACUUAUAUUGGUCUUCGUGUCACCAGUAACAUUAAUACUGAUAUGCCGUAGUGUUAUUUUUACUGUUUCAUGAUUUUGUUUUCUAACCUCAUUCUUUUCAGAACAAAUUCUGCACAGCAAUUGGAAAGAAUGUUCCAGCUGAGUAGAGCAGACAGAGAUUUAUUACAGAAAAAUGAAUAUGAUCUUCAGGUCUGUUGUCUUCCUCAGUUUUGAUUUUGGAUCGUUUUUGCUCUUUAUUUAAUUUGGACACUUUUUUUAGAGAGAAUGUAUUUCAUUUGACGAGGUCACUUCUGAUUUGAGUUUCCAUUUCCUACAUUGCCUAACUUGAGCUUUGUACGUGCUCUUUGUCUGAAAUCUAGCCAAGCUCUUCAUUGAUAACUCCUUGUUGAUGGACCAGUGUAAUUUAGCAGCUUAAGAAUAUUGAGUGGUGAUUUAGGACGUAGAGGAGACGAAAUAGAAAGUGGACUUCGCCUGGGACAUCAUUUUGUGCAAUUGUCCGUUUUUAUCAGUUAGAAACUAUAACCAAGUGUAUGUCUUGUUCAGAUUUAUCUGGAAGAAAAGUAUGCUAUCCCAUGGCUGCACUAGAAAUGGAUAUGAUGAUAAUGUAAGUAGUUAAUGGAGAAAACACAAUGAGCCAAACAACUGGGGUCACCAACCCAUGACUCAUAAUUUGAAUCUUAGUUAUCAGAACUUAGCCGCAUUUUUAUGAAGUACUUAUUGAUGUUGACCCGUUGUUUACCUUCGCUCUCCUAUACUAAUGAAUGAGUUGGUUUAUUUUUUGUGGUGGGUAGUCAGAUUUCCCCGCUGGAGCCAUGAAUAUUUUGGCUGGGGAAAAUUGUGUGAGAGAUUUUAAUUCCUCCCUUUCCGCUGUUUUUUGGCUCCUUUUUAAGACAAUAUUUCCAUUUUUCCUUUGCUCUAGUUGCAAAGAAUGUGGGGAAUAAUGAGUCCUUUAUUUUCGUUGCCCCAUCGUGGGUUUUUAUUGGACCUUCGAUGAAUUGACUAUCCCCUGAGAUUUGUGAGGAAUUAUUGCAUUUUGACUAGUUCUCCUGCAGGUCUGGUGUAUCCUUCUCAAUGAUAAAGUCCCAUUCAGGAUGCAAUGGCCUCAAUUUCCUGAUCUUGUGGUCAAUGGUAUAGAGUACAUUUAUUUCCUUUAUGAAUUUGUUUCUAUUGCACAUUCAAAUGUAGCUAAAGUACUGAAAACAUAUCCUUUAAUUCGACAUGUUGCUUCUUACUCUAUUUGCUGGGAAUGCUAUGGCUAUCGAUUCUUAGUUCUUGCCUAGAAGCUUGCUAUUUCUGAAGUAUAUCUGAAUUCGAUUGCAUUGUGUAAUGGCCGUCCGUAAAAAAUAUGCUAUCUCCUAUCGCGGUUUCCAUCACUUUAUACAUAAACCUUUAACUCAGGUUGAAAGCCUUUUUGCAAUGUCACGAUUUUGUGCAUCAAGACAGACCUGGGCUUGUUACACACUAGUCCCAGGUUGGACGCGGUAGACUUAAGCUUAAAUCGUUUGCAAUUUUUUUUACUUAAGGCUAUUAUUCUACCUUGUGAAUUGAUUUUUAUAUAACUUGGGGUGUUGUUAAACAUAUUUACAUGUAACCAAGAGGUACUUCAGUAGGAGAAACCUGUUGUGAAGAUAUUCUUGCUAUCGUGCUUUCAGCUCAUUGAAAGCUGCAAACUCAUUUCUUCCUUGAGUUACUGCUAGCGAUAUAUGGCUGUAUUUCUUCAUGGGGAUUGCCAAUUGCUGACGCUUUAAGGAGAUUUAGAGGAGGUUCCCCUGUCUUCUGUCUCUCCAUGUGUCUACAUUCUUUGGGUUUUUUUCCGUGGAUUUGCAUGAGAAGUUAUUCCUGAAAUGAUGCUAAAUUUAUCUGUUUUUGCAAGUUUUGAUGCAUGGCUUGUUUCGUUUAGUAAAAUUCUACCUUCAUCCUUGUCAUGCAGGUAUUCCUGUACGAGCAACAAAUAGACCAGGGGGUCAGUUGUUAGGUGCUAAUGGACGUGAUGAUGGUCCUGUGGUGCGUUUCUUUUCCGUGAUUUUAUGUUUUUCAUGUUCUAUUUUAAUUUGAUUAUUUUUAUUUUGUAUUUUAGCUUAUUCCUCUUAAAUUUGACGGAAGGUUUGUUUUAGGGGUUACUGAGAUUUACUUUUCAUACUAAAAAACCUUACUGGGUUGCAGUUUUUGCAUGCUUGUGUAUUCACAUAUUUUCAUAUAGAUCUGGAAGGAAAUUUUUCAUGCUAAAAUGGUUUCGUUCCAGAUCACAACAUGCAGCAGAGAAGGAAUUAACAAAAUUAGUUUUACAAGAUGUGAUGCCCGAACAUUCUGUUUUGGGUUGAGAAUUGCAAAAAGGAGGACUCUUCAGCAGGUAAAAGUGUUUAUUUGAUAAUACUGUGCAUAGCUUUUGAACUACAUUAUAUGCCUUUUUAUGGCGCCACACUUUUUUGGUUGAUGGCUUUUCCCGGGGGAAACUGCUAAUUGCCAGUAUUAUAUAGUUUUUCUGAGCCAUAUAGAAUUAUUGUCCUAUUUUUCUGUUCUUUGCCGGGCUUCACUUAACCAACACAUUCGUCAUUAUAAGAAAUUGGAGAUUCCUGAGAUUUAUAAAUGACAGUGUAUAUGUCAACCUGACUAUCAGUUGGGAGGUAAGAGAAGGUUGCAUUUAUCAUAUUCCCAAGAGUAUGCUGCAAGGACAACUUGUCAUCUACACAUGUUGCAAGAGAAGCUCUUCUAGUGGUUGGUACUUGUAAUGAUGGUCAGUGUCUUCAAUUAAUCCUCUUGUUGCAUAAUCCUUUCUCUGGCCCAUGAGCUGGGAUUUGCUUAGACCUCUGUCGUCCUAACUAAGAAAUGUGCCGGGGAUAGGAUACUAUUCUUACUAAUGGCCUAUCAUAGAAAGUGUGCUGUGAUUCCUGCUGCAAUAUGUUGGCGAAGUAUAAAAUUCUUGUAGGUAAAUUUUAUAUACAUAUACAGCCAUCAAGGCUGAAGGUUGCUGUAGUUUUCAUGAAAUUGUCGUUUUCAUAGUUGUUUACAUUUCACUUGCUUGGCUAGCAGAUUGCGCCUUUUUUUUUUGGUCUUAUAUGAUGCACACAUCAAGUUAAGUUGCGUCUAGAAGAGGCACUUGGUGGAGUCUCGCUUUUUUCCCUUUCGUCUAUGGCUGAUCUCAUUGUUUAAUUCAUUGUGCAGGUUCUGAGUUUGAUUCCGAAAGAAACUGAUGGUGAACGUUUUGCGGAUUCCCUUGCUCGUGUCUGUCGUUGCAUUGGUGGUGGGGCCACAACAGAUAAUGCUGACAGUGAUAGUGACUUGGAAGUUGUUGCUGAGUUAGUUACAGUCAGUCUCCGUUGUCCUGUGAGUAUCAGUCUUGUCAUUUGGCAUUGGCAAAACUAUUCCUUUUUAAGAUUGAUUGUGUAUGAAAAAAUAUAAUCUCCAAUUUCUUUGAAUAAUAGUGUGGAUCUCACCUCAAAUCCCACUUUUAAUUUGUUAUUUUUGUGUUCGCAAGAUAGUGAUAUCUGACGAAAUUAUGUCUUCAUAUGCCUGGUCAGAAGAAACAAAAGAAAAUUGUUGAUUUCUAUGGGGUACCUGGUGAUAUCUAAAAUGAUACUGACUGCUCUCUUGUCCCCCGCUCAACAAUGAGUGCAUGAUAUCUACCCGUCCCCCUCUUGAUCAUCUUGGGUGACAAAGUGCACGCCCACUAUGAUUCUUUGAAACCUGUCAUUAUCCAUUGGUAUCUUUGAUGAGUGUGAAUUUCGUUUAUUAACGCUCAUCUUCAGCCCUGUCCUCCAGCACUCAUUUACUAUUUUUAUUUUCAUCUUUACUUUUGAGAUGCCUCCCUAACUAUACAUGAACAUAGUUUUACCUUUGCCAGAAUAUUAAUCGUUUUUCUUUAUACUGAGGAUAUAUGGAUUUUCAUUAGAUGCGUGAUCAGAAAAUAUUGAAACAGCGUUAAAAAUGAGGAAUUGAAGUACAUUUUAUAAAACGAGGGUGUUUUAUGACUCUUAAGUGCUUGGGAAUGAACUUGGACCAUAUCUGAACAACUCAGAUGUGUAAGCUUCAGUAAGUCACAGAUGACGUAACCAUAAUAUAUUAUGUCAAUGAGUGAAAAUCCUGGUAUUCUAUCAUUUGAUCAAAAUUGAAGAGUGGUUCAAAGUGAUGCUUUUGUCGGUUCCCCUUUGUUGGUUCUCUGAUUUUCUUUUUUGGGCCAUGAUGUAGAUAUGUCAAACCAUGGUUCAGCUCCUAAUAAAAUUCGUUAGCACAACACCAUAGAGGCUUGGGCUGAUUACCGUGUAGUUCCUUCAUCUUCCCUCUGUUUCUAUGUUUUACUUGUUCUAGAAUUGUUUUUGGAUUGUUUUACUCCGUGACCUCAUCCCAUUCACCGAAUGCAGUAGGAAAAGUGUCCCUUGCAGAAUUUCUGAUAAUUUUCUUCAUAUCAUCGACUCGUUUAGGUAUCAGCUGAAAGAUAAAAAUGCUGCGUUCUCUUUAGUUUAUCUUCUGUUAAACCUGAACACAUUCAUGGGGGGGCGUUCCAGAAUUGCUUCUGAACUUUUUCUGCAGAUUUCUGCAAAUAUUUUCAGUUUUAAUCGUUACAAAAUCUUUUACUUCAUCUCAUAGGGUAGGGUCAAUGUUAGAUUAUGUGCCUAGCUUGGUUUUAAAAUUACACGUCAUGAUUUGCGAUUGAUUAUUGUAGCUUAUUGUUACGCUUCUUCUCUUGGUUCCAUCAGAUUUCCAUGCUUUAUGAACACUAUUGUCAGUAGAAUAGCUAAUGGUCAUUUAUGCCUUUUUUUUUUUUACUUCUUUCGUAGAGUCUGAUUCUGUAGGACAAAAAUAGAUGCAGUUCUCUGCUUCAUGUCAGCCGUUCCCAACAGUCUUGGCAGUCCAGUGGAAUUUGUCAUAAAAACUUUUAAGAAGCUUUUAAAGCAGUUUUUGAAUGGGACUAUCUUAUAGUUUUUCCUUGUACGGUUAGCAAAAGUGUCAAAAUAUCAGUAGGGACGGCGUACAUCAGUGGAUUUGGUUUUGGUGCGAUGUUCAUGUCAAAGAUGAAGAUUGCUAACUAUUCCGUCUUUAUUUGCAGAUGAGCGGAUCUAGAAUGAGAAUUGCUGGGAGGUUCAAGCCUUGUGUACAUAUGGGUUGUUUUGAUCUUGAAACCUUUGUCGAACUUAACCAGCGAUCAAGAAAGGUGAGCUUCAUAAAACCUAUCAUGCCUAUCAGUUGUCUUAUUUUGAAAAAAGAAUACGAGAUUUACUUUUCCUUCUUUUUUCAGUGGCAGUGCCCCAUUUGUCUUAAGAACUACUCUCUAGAGAAUAUUAUCAUUGAUCCAUAUUUCAACCGCAUCACGAGUCUGGUAAUGCCCCUGGAAGACCAUAUCAGCCCGUUGUGCUCGUAUGUUCUUGUCAAUAUACUAAAAUUAAUUAUCCUUUUUAUUUUUCUUGUAUAGUUACGAAAUUGCGAUGAAGAGAUAAAUGAAAUUGAGGUAAAGCCUGAUGGAUCUUGGCGUGCUAAGGGCGACAGCGAAAAUAGGACCCUUGGGCAGUGGCACCUGCCUGAUGGGACUGUUCAGGUCUUUACUAACAGCGAAGUAAAACCAGAUUCUGAGUUAUUGCAGCAGUCUAAGCAGGAAAGCACGGGUGGUCUAAAACUGGGUAUUAAGAGAAAUCCCAAUGGCAUCUGGGAAGUUAGCAAACCCAGUGGCACGACUCCUUCAUCCUCUGGAAAUCAUGCAGCAGAAAGGUUUGAGGGCCAAUGUCAAAAGCCCAUGCCUUUGAGUGUCAGCGCUACUGGUAGUUACGGGGAUGGAGAGGAUGUUAGUGUUAACCAAGAACGAAGGAGAAACUUUGAUUUCUCAAGCAAUGUCCCGGAGUUAUUGGAUCCUGUGAGUUUCAGUAUUUACGGUGCUGGCGACAGAGUCUCUCCUGUACAGUCAAAAGAUGCCGACGUCAUUGUUUUAAGUGACUCAGAAGAGGAUAAUAAUACUACAUUAGCUGCAGCUGCAUACGACACUGGCCCUCCGAGUGGCAAUGGAAUUCCUUUUACGGAGACUGAUCCUGGAGCCCAAGACUCGUACCUGGUGGACACCGGACCUGGUUCAGCCUGUCUUGGUCUAUUCGGCAGUGGUGAUGAUUUUGAAAUGCCGCUCUGGCCGUUGCCAACAUGCUCCCAGACGGGUUCUGGUUUCCAAUUAUUCAACACAGACGCUAGUGUCUCAGAUACAAUGGUGGAUGUAAAUCGCAAUUCUCUCGGCUGCCCACCUAUGAAUGGCUUUGGAUUGGGUUCUGAUGGCGUGAUUGGAACUGUUCCACGGGCCGAGGAUUUCCCCAUACGCCAUUCUAAUGAGUAUGCUCGUCAUAAUCAUCACCAUGAAUCGUUACACCAAUCCAGGAUGGACUCAUCUGCUAGCCAGUCGAAUGCCGAUGCAAAUGGUAGCCUUGUGAACAAUCCCCUUGCAUUUGCUGGUGAUGACCCGUCUUUGCAGAUUUUCCUUCCCACUCAACCGGCUGGUAUACUUCAGCCUGAUUUGACUCAGGGUGUUGACAUGGUCAAUGCCAUCCCCACCGAUGAUUGGAUCUCCCUCCGGCUUGGGGGCAAUGACGGCAAUCAUAUUGAGCCUGCAGCAACAAGUGUGUUGAAUUCUAGGCAUCAAUUUGGUUCUGACGGUAGGAUGGAUUCGCUUGCCAACACUGGUAAUUGCCUGAUUACUUUCUUCCCUUAGAAAAUCAUAUUUUACCUGCAAAGUCCUGUAUUGUUUUUUGCCUCUGAAUAAUCAUUUGGGCCUCAAGAAUUCAACAGGAGGAUUUUACUCGCUGCUCAUUCUACCUUGUAUGUCUUUUGUUUCUUAUUGCAGCUUCUUUGCUUCUCAGCAUUGCAGCUUCUUUGCUUCUCAGCAUGAACGACGACAGAGGCUCCUCAAAUAACCAAAGGUCUGAUACCCUUUUUUCCCAGCCCCAACAGCCCAGGGCCGUGAGACCUCGGUUAUAUCUAUCCAUAGAUUCUGAUUGA